AUGUUCAAUCACAAGUUACCGACUGACUUUCCAAUGCAAACCCUUCGUAAGAAAACCAGCCCUUGCAAAUACAAGAACGAACCCGGCCGCUUCCUCGGCGAGGGCGUCUCUUUCCGAGCGAAGCUAAUUGGCGUUCUCGAAGUGCCAGAAGCCCGCGGUGAUAGGAUGUGCCAAGAGGCUCUCGCCGACCUCAAGAUGGCCAUCCGCGCAGCAGGCGAGCACAAACAGAGGAUUCAGGUUCACGUGGCCAUUGACGGCCUUCGCCUGCGCGAUGAUAAAACUGGGGAUUCCCUGUACCACCACCCGGUGCACAAGAUAUCAUUUAUCGCGCAAGACAUGACAGACUCCAGGGCGUUUGGAUAUAUAUUUGGUUCUCCGGACACGGGUCAUCGAUUUUUCGGCAUCAAGACAGAUAAAGCUGCUAGUCAAGUCGUAAUAGCAAUGAGGGAUCUUUUCCAAGUAGUUUUUGAGCUGAAGAAGAAAGAGGUGGAGAUGGCCAAGCAGCAGCUCGAAGGCAAAUCUGUUACUAACAGUCUCGUCAGGCACAACAGUACAGUUACUGAAACUAAACCUAAGAGUCUAUCGUCGGUGGGUGAAACCAGCGCAGUGACGGCGAAGGGAUCAGAAAGUGGGGCGGGAGGGGGGGUUGCGGAACUCGUUGACCUUGAACAAGAGCUCUGCUCCUUGAGGAGGGGACUCACACAAGUGGAGGGACUGACACCCUCUACGGAUCCCUUCGGCGACUCGUUUUUGGCUCCUUCGCCGAAGGGUCUCAUCCCUCCGCCACCGGGCGCGACGAGUCGUGGCCGCAGUACUCCAGCCAGGACAACUUUUAGUCCAAACAAGCCUUCCACGCUGUCGUUCGACUUGAGCGCAGUUGCCGGUGACUUCGAACCCAAACCCGCCUCCCUACCACUAGUCGAAAACGUACCUGACCCACCUGAGCUCAAAAAUCCACCAAAGAAAGUACUCAAAGACCUCGUACCGACCACGCAUACGCUCCUAUCCGAUAUAGUCCCGGUGACCACCGAGCCCAACAGCGACGGUUACGGCCCGACAACCACGAUGACGUCACUGACUCGGCAGUCCGGCGGCUCGGUUGCCGUCGCAAAGCCGUCCCAACCGCCAAUGUAUACAGGGGGCUUUUUCACUUCGGACCCGUUCGCGGAGACCGAUCCGUUCGAUAACACGGAUCCGUUCUCAGAUACAUUCAAAGAAGAUCCGUUCACGGGCAUGUCCGAGUUUCCGAAACCUGGUCUAUUGCGAAUGGACGACACGAAGUCGAAAUUAAGCAAAGAUGUAACGUUGGAUAAACCUGAGAUCGGUCUCGAUAGUGGAAAAAACGUCUUCAACGGACCACUUCAAGUUACUCUACCGCCGGAACCCGCACCGAAAUCGCCUAGAAUGCAGAGACAGAUGACGGAUACGAGCACAAUACGGCAGCGUCCGCAGCCCAGUUCAAAGUUGAAUGCGGAAAAAAUUUCUCCGCCCCCGUUGCCGCCGAAGAAAUUUGGAGAGAUUUACUUAUCACGUCCUUCAUCUCGCCUUACACAUGACCUCGAGCAUGAGAGCGAGGAAACUUCGGAAUCCGGCCCUCCUCUACCGCGGCCUGCAAGGAAAAGGGAACCGUUGGCAGAGCGCAGCAUGAAGCCGCGGCGAGCGUCGGGUGCGUCGGGCGCUAGCAGCAGUGGCGACGAGUACCUGACGCCAGCGCCGCCGCCGCUGCCCGCCGCGCGCCGCUUCGACAUCACGCUCAGCCAGCUGCUUACCUGCACCAUGGAAGAAUUGGCCGCCAGGUACCGCACGCUCCACACAUGCACUGCGACAUCACGCUCAGCCAGCUGCUCACCUGCACCAUGGACGAAUUGGCCGCCAGGUACCACACGCUCCACACAUGCACUGCGACAUCACUCUCAGCCAGCUGCUCACCUGCACCAUGGACGAAAUGGCCGCCAGGUACCACACGCUCCACACAUGCACUGCGACAUCACGCUCAGCCAGCUGCUCACCUGCGCCAUGGACGCAUUGGCCGCCAGGUACCACACGCUCCACUCAUGCACUGCGACAUCACGCUCAGCCAGCUGCUCACCUGCACCAUGGACGAAUUGGCCGCCAGGUACCGCACGCUCCACACAUGCACUGCGACAUCACGCUCAGCCAGCUGCUCACCUGCACCAUGGACGAGCUGGCCGCCAGGUACCGCACGCUCCACACAUGUACUUCGACAUCACGCUCAGCCAGCUGCUCACCUGCACCAUGGACGAGCUGGCGGCCAGGUACCGCACGCUCCACACAUGCACUGCGACAUCACGCUCAGCCAGCUGCUCACCUGCACCAUGGACUAGCUGGCCGCCAGGUACCGCACGCUCCACACAUGCACUGCGACAUCACGCUCAGCCAGCUGCUCACCUGCACCAUGGACGAGCUAGCCGCCAGGUACCGCACGCUCCACACAUGCACUGCUACAUCACGCUCAGCCAGCUGCUCACCUGCACCAUGGACGAGUUGGCCGCCAGGUACCGCACGCUCCACACAUGCACUGCGACAUCACGCUCAGCCAGCUGCUCACCUGCACCAUGGACUAGCUGGCCGCCAGGUACCGCACGCUCCACACAUGCACUGCGACAUCACGCUCAGCCAGCUGCUCACCUGCACCAUGGACGAGCUAGCCGCCAGGUACCGCACGCUCCACACAUGCACUGCUACAUCACGCUCAGCCAGCUGCUCACCUGCACCAUGGACGAGUUAGCCGCCAGGUACCGCACGCUCUACACAUGCACUGCGACAUCACGCUCAGCCAGCUGCUCACCUGCACCAUGGACGGGUUGGCCGCCAGGUACCGCACGCUCCACACAUGCACUGCGACAUCACGCUCAGCCAGCUGCUCACCUGCACCAUGGACCAGCUGGCCGCCAGGUACCGCACGCUCCACACAUGCAUUGCGACGUCACUCUCAUCCAGCUGCUCACCUGCACCAUGGACGAGCUAGCCGCCAGACACCGCACGCUCCACACAUGCACUGCUAUAUCACGCUCAGCCAGCUGCUCACCUGCACCAUGGACGAGUUGGCCGCCAGGUACCGCACGCUCCACACAUGCACUGCGACAUCACGCUCAGCCAGCUGCUCACCUGCACCAUGGACGAGCUAGCCGCCAGGUACCGCACGCUCCACACAUGCACUGCGACAUCACGCUCAGCCCGCUGCUCACCUGCACCAUGAACGAGUUGGCCGCCAGGUACCGCACGCUGCACAGAUGCACUGCGACAUAUUGCUCAGCCAGCUGCUCUUCUGCACCAUGGACGAGCUGGCCGCCAGGUACCGUACGCUCCACACAUGCACUGCGACAUCACGCUCAGCCAGCUGCUCACCUGCGCCAUGGACGAGUUGGCCGCCAGGUACCGCACGCUCCACACAUGCACUGCGAUAUCACGCUCAGCCAGCUGCUCACCUGCACCAUGGACGAGUUGGCCGCCAGGUACCGCACGCUCCACACAUGCACUGCGACAUCACGCUCAGCCAGCUGCUCACCUGCACCAUGGACGAGUUGGCCGCCAGGUACCGCACGCUCCACACAUGCACUGCGACAUCACGCUCAGCCAGCUGCUCACCUGCACCAUGGACCAGCUGGCCGCCAGGUACCGCACGCUCCACACAUGCAUUGCGACGUCACUCUCAUCCAGCUGCUCACCUGCACCAUGGACGAGCUGGCCGCCAGACACCGCACGCUCCACACAUGCACUGCUAUAUCACGCUCAGCCAGCUGCUCACCUGCACCAUGGACGAGUUGGCCGCCAGGUACCGCACGCUCCACACAUGCACUGCGACAUCACGCUCAGCCAGCUGCUCACCUGCACCAUGGACGAGUUGGCCGCCAGGUACCGCACGCUCCACACAUGCACUGCGACAUCACGCUCAGCCAGCUGCUCACCUGCACCAUGGACGAGCUGGCUGCCAGGUACCGCACGCUCCACACAUGCAUUGCGACAUCACUCUCAUCCAGCUGCUCACCUGCACCAUGGACGAGCUAG